CAGUCUGACACGACCACCGCGCGAGUGCACACCUAUCGCUCCCCUCCCCCCCUGCAAGAACCAACUAUUAUGCGGCGCUGGUCGCUGUGAGUGAAGUGCAUAACGGACGCUCGCUUUUAAUUUUCGUUUAGUUUUUUUUUUCCUUCCCGAAAAAUCGGAACCGUGAACCAGCCGGCACCAUGGAUAUUUCAGCCACCAACUUCGUCCUGAUCCUGAUAGUCACCGGCCUACCGUCAGGUCUGCCGGCGCGCGACUCGCAGGAGCCCUACUACGGCAAGCUGAUCGGCAAGCUGGUGGAGUACGCGCACGGCAUCACCGGCACCGCCUACGCCGUCGACGAGAACACCAUCUUCAUCAAGGGCUUCUCCUACGACGGCACGGGACCUGACGCGUACUUCUGGGUCGGCAACUCGGCGCGGCCCUCCCCUGAAGGAGACAUCGUGCCCUACCCGGACGACUUCAAGGGCAGGGACCCGCCGGUGCUGAGCGCCUUCAAGAACCAGGACGUCAUCCUGAGGCUGCCGCUCGGCACCAAGAUCAGGGACAUCCGGUGGCUGUCCGUGUGGUGCAGGCGGUUCACGGUGAACUUCGGCGAGGUGUUCGUGCCGCCCGGCCUGGAGGUGCCUCGCCCCCGCGUGCUGCCAGAGUUCAAGCGCCUGGCGCACGGCCUGCGCUCGGGCAACGUCAGCGUGCUGGACGCCAAGACCUUCUACAUACCCAACCUGCACUACGACGGCGCGGGGCCCGACGCCUACUUCUGGGUGGGCAACGGCAGCGAGCCCAGCCCGCUCGGCAUCAAGGUGCCCAACGAGAUGGGCAGCCUGGAGCCGCUGCGCGGGUACCAGGGCGAGGACAUCGAGAUCCAGCUGCCGGGAAACCUGACGGCCUACGACAUCGACUGGCUGGGCGUGUGGUGCGUGCAGUACCGCCACAACUUCGGCCACGUGCUCAUCCCCAAGGACCUGGACGUGCCGCCGGCGCUCGGCCAGACCAAGAUCACUCCGCCGUGGUGGUACAACCCGACGAGCAGCACCACGCCGGACCCCAAGGAGGUGCGGCCUAGCAACUGCCGGCAGCUGCUGGACGACCGGCUGCAGGUUCAGUGGGAGAUGCAGGGGGACCACGUGCAGGUGCAGCUGGCUGCCCGCAUGCGCGAGGACCAGUACAUGGCCUUCGGGCUGAGCGGCGAGCAAGGCAGACCGUCGAUGGUCGGUGGCGACAUCGUAGUGGCCUUCUACGACACGGACCGAAGAGCGUUCCGAGCUGAAGACUACUACAUGUCGGCGACAGCACAGUGCGACGGCAAGAACGGGGUGUGUCCCGACGAGCGGAUCGGCGGACGGAACGAUGUGACGCUGGUGUCCGGGGACCGCCGGAACGGGGUGACGACCGUCACGUUCCGCCGCCCGCUGCAGACCAACGAGCCCAUCAACGACCGCGCGAUCCCCGGCGAGGGCGAGGCGAGCGUCAUCGCGGCCAUCGGGCCGCUCAACAGCCGCAAGGAGGCCAACGCGCACGCCGUCCCCGACAAGACCACCGACGACAUCCGCAUCGACUUCAGCAGCCUGGACGACCACGCGUGCCCCAUCUCGCUGUUCGACCUGCCCGAGGAGACGGGCCUCACGCCCUGGCCCUCGGCCAUCAUCACGGGCGAGACCGUCUUCUCCGCCAGGAUCGGGCCCACCGGCGGCAAGCGGGGCUACACCCCCAUCACAGGUCACCCAUCGUGGGGGAUCGCCUGGUACAUCAACGACAAGCUGAUCCCGGAGAUCUACGUGGAGCGAGGCCAGACGUACACGUUCGUGGUUGAAGGAGGUAACGACCGCACCAACCCCGCCAGGUACCAUCCCUUCUACAUCACCGACAGCAAGGAGGGCGGUUUCGGACAGAAGUCGGAGUCGGACCAGAAGAAGCAGAGGGUGUUUGCAGGAGUGAGCUACGACGCUGACGGCUACCCCUACCCCACCGCAGCCGGCCGGUACUGCGAGUGGACGCACAAGACGAUCGACAAGUCGGCCGAGAUCGAGACGUUCGAGGCGUACCUGGAGACCCUGAGGCUGGUGUGUGACGAGGGAGAGCCGUCGUACCUCAACUGGACGGUCGCCCCUGAGACCCCAGACCUGCUCUACUACCAGUGCUACACCCACAACAACCUGGGCUGGAAGAUUCACGUGGUGGACGCCGGCUACAGCUCCGAGCGGGACGGGAACGGCUCCGGCGGUCCGUCGUCGCCCGCGCUCGCCGUCGUCGUCGCAGUUGCGUUUACUUGCGCGAGGAGAGUCCUCGCCAGCUGAGCACAGCUUUCACGAACUAACUGAACUAAGUAACUUAUACCGAACAGCACAAAAGGACAAUAAGAAUCUCGACAAUAAUAACGUGACAAUAUUUUUCAAAUGAAGAGAGAGAACGUUUUAAUAUUUUGUUUAGUGUUGACAGUGCUCAUCUCUGUGAAGGGGGAACAUUUUUCAUUCCCUCGUUUUUGAAAGGUUUUUAAAACAUGGGUUCACCGAAAUGUGUGCAUGAAUAUGAUAUGUUAUAUAGUAUUGUUUAUAUCAUUAUUUUACCCAGUAUAUCAUUACAUAUGUACAUGUACAGGUACAUAAAUUUAGUUAGAAUUUGUGUUUGUGUAAGUUUCUUAAAUGUUGUUUGGCAAAUGUGCUUAAUAUUUUUGUCUCGUAGUGGCAAAAUAAAAUCAAAAUCAACACUCUAUACAUAAUAUGAAGUUUUUGAAAUAGCUGUUAAUAUAGAUAACAGUUAUAAAAAGCACAAUUUUGCACAAUUCCAAGUUUACAAUAAUAUUAUGUUAAUUUUACUAUGUGAGUACUUACAUUUUAUGUAGUCAUGUCAGAAAUAUCAAAAAUAAUAUUAUAGAGAAAUUAUUUUACAUUGAUGAUAAUCUUCAUAUAAAUUUGAAAUAUUUGUCAACAUUAAUUUUGUUAUAAUACUAGGUACAACAGCAUUAUGAAAAACCUUUUUUUAAUAAUUACUUAUUUUUUUAAUGCCCACCAAUGAGUAUGUAUGCAUGUUUAUCUUUAUUUGUGGGAUCAUUAGCUUGAACAAGGGAUAUGAUAAGUAAGAAAAUAAUUGUGUACGCAGCAACUUUUUAAUAACGUUCAAAGAUUGAUGUUCCAUGGUAGGUUACUAAAAUUAAGUUUUGUACAAGAGUUUUAUUUUUUUACAAAUAUUUAGUUGCUAAGUUGUGUUAGUUAAUAUGUUUGUGUUUUUUUAUUGGACUAUUAUUAUUUAAAGCAACUAUUGUGCUGUUGUGAUGGAUGUACUCAACAGAAUAGUUUUCUACAUUUAAUGAAUUGUGGUUAAAAACACAAGGAGGAAGAAUUAACUUUGUGAUGAAACAUAACAUUUGGUCAUUAUUAAUAUAUUAUGUUAGAUGAAGAAUAAAAUAUACAGAAACAUAGUUGAUACUGAUUGUGAUAGUGGUUUAGCUAUUUAACAGUGAUUUGUUUUACUGUAGCCUUAGUAAUGUGUAAAGUUUACUUGGAAGAAGCAACCUGUUACUACUAAUAUCCACAAAUUGGGAAAAAUAAUUAUUUACGAGUUUAUACAAAUAUAAAAACCAGUAAAACUUUGCAGAGACAUCUAUCAAACACCAUUAGGUAUUCAAUACUAUAGGGUAAUUUAUCCUGAAAAAGCGAUGAAAUCAAAAUAUUUCAAGCUCAAAAAAAAAGUUCAAAGAAAUGAAGAGUGACAUUUUGACUUUUAAUAUCUUGAUAAUCCUAGAAUUUGAUAACGGUUAAAAAUACAUGAAAACAAAUCUGAGUUGUGCACUUAAGUGAGCAGGCAGGAGACAACAAAAGGCACAUAUCUUUCCAAUGAAUAGUGGCCAUAUCCAUAACCUGAAAGGCUGGUAAAAUAUGACAAUAAUUUUUCAUUAGUCACGGUCGUAGUUGUGUGGAAUUGUUGAAAUUUUAUGGUAGCUGAAGUAUGAGUGUUGAAUCUUGCGUGAUGAACAAGGGGAAUAUAAUGUUCCGCUCAGCAACAAAUAACUUGCAUCAAUUAUUACAUGACAAUAAUAUGUAAGCUUUACUUACUGAACUUGUAGAGUGUGCAAAGAUGGAUCAAUAAUGUAGGGUUUAUCAUAAAUAAAACAAAGAAUCUGAAUAUACUUGUAUGUUUUAGUAUUGCAUCUUGAAAAUUAUAGUAUGUUAAUGUUUCCUUUUAACUUAUAGCAUUAGCACCUAAAGGAUUUAUGGAAUUGUGUAAAAAUAAUUUACUUAUUUCUCAUAAACUCUUUAUUGGUAACUAAUGUACAUGAAAGAUAGCAGAUAAAAGCUAACAGUAUUUUAAAAAUUUGAUCCCAGAGAUUGUAGUGGGCUAUAUCAAUCAGCCUUAGAAUAUUCCCAAUUUUGCACAUUCAGUAAUUACACGUAUGAAAGUGUGUUUGAAAAAAAUAAUCUUACUAGAGAAACAUAAUAUGUUCAAAACUUUUAUUUUUACGUGAAAUGUUGAUAAAAAAAAAAUUUAAUAUGGUCCAUUUUAACUGAUAAAUGUACCAUGUAUAUUGUAGAUAGCAUCAGUGUUAAAGUUUAGAGUAUUCACGAGAAAUAAGUAUUGGUUCAAAUUAUAGUAGGUUUUGUUCAUUUAAAUCUCAGUGUUAAGAUGAAGAUUUCAAAAUAGUUUUAAAUACAUAGUAAAUAUAUUACUUCUGAUUACAUAUAUGAAGCUGUUGUAACAUUGUGAUUUCUCUAUUAAAAGAAUGAUUGAAAAUUGUAUGUUGUAAUAAAGUGAACAUAAACUCUAAUUAAAUGUCUUACCUGGAAGUUAGACUCUGCAGCACAAAUAAGUGUGGAAUACAUAUUAUGAUUUUUUUUUAACUGCAAUGUACUUCUAUUUAAUCUGCAUUUUAAGUGAGAGAAAGAAACUUUUAAGUGCUGUGUGUGUAUCAAUUAGGGAAACAAAAUUAAUCUCCUAGCAUCACAGGUAGCAGAAAUUCAAUUCAUAUCAGGUACACUAAAAAAAUUGUAUCAAAUUUAAAUACAAUUUACAAACCUGAAAAAAAAAAUGUGUUUGGUAGUAUUAAAUUUAAUAAUAUAUUUUUCAAGAAACAUAACCAUUAGUUUCACUUACAGUUUUAAAAUUUGCUUUUUUUCCCCCCAAAAUAAAUUAAACUUAAUGUGGGAGUCAAAACUAGUUCAGAGUUAGUGUUUUUUCCGAUACUGAUGUCAGUACUACAAUCCGUCUCACGUAAGUUGUCUCAAAUUUGACAGUUCUCAAAAGCAGUACAAAUGGUCUGAUGUUCCGUCAACAGUAUAAGGAUGGUAUUCCAAUACGUUACGGUAAAGUAGCGAAUAAGCACUGCCUUGUUGGGACACAACCGUAACCUGACUCGCAGGCCGUAUUCCAUAACGUGUCCAUACUGAAUCCCACUAACGAAACAAAACAGCAACCGUUUUUAAUAAACGGUGCCCUGCGCAAGGCUAUACUCUGAUUCCAAUGCUUCCUAGCUGACAUUUUGCAACUACUGAUACAAUUUUUACGGCAAAAAGCCUAGAGAUAACAGCACCGUUGCACUUUUUAAGUUGAGAUUAUUUCUUGUUAUAACCAUUAAAGUGUACAAAAUAUAUUCCAGGAUAGUUUCACCUCCAUAAAAGUUUUAUUUGACACACCAAUACGUUUGGUACAUCCCCAGAUAUCCACAAAAUUGAGAAUAUAUGCGAGUUACUGGUGCCAGACAUGGGUAUGCCAUCUGAACGAAAUCAAUGAAAAAGUGAGCUCGGCACAUGCGCAGAAUUAGAGCAACAGAUCUGCAAUAGAUAGGACAUCGAAAUCUGUUCCCUGAAAAUAAUAUAACAAUGGAAGGAUGAUGCUUUUCGACAAUUACCGAGACUGGUAACAUCGUGCUGGUGGUUAGACUUAGUUGUUCCUGAUAUUUUUUUUAAUGCUACAAAAAUACAUUAUUUAAAUAAAUGUAAUUGAUGCAUAUUACAAUACACAAAAAAUAAUAAUAUUUUUUUUAAAUCAGACUAUUUGAAAUGUAUAAAAUUUUAAUAUUUCACACUUUCACUUGCAUGCAACAUCACUUAACAUUUAUGCCAUCAAAGAUAACAAAUUUUCUCACCUUACAUUUAUUUGGAAGAAAAGAUAAAAUCUGAAAGAUUUAUCUUAUCAUUUUAACAAACAGCAAGAAACUAAAAAAUUUAAAAUUUCAUAGGAUUUUUGCAGUUUUUUUAACCAGUAACAAAUUCAGUAAUUUCUGAUUUAUUUUUAACAUGAUCAGAAAUAAUUGAAAUGUGUAACAUACUGAUGCAUCACUGAAAUAAUAUAAUUCAGAAAAAAAAAUUAAGUAUUGGAUUAAGUACGGAAUUAUUGGUCCAAUACUUCACCGCAUUUAGAUAGUAAAAGGUUAAUAAGAGACAAUCUAAACCUAACAUCUGAAUCAUUAAGCUGCACAAUACUAAACUACUAUAUUUCAAAACUGUUCUCAAUUUAUAAAGCUAACCUCUGAUAGUAUGUACCUACAACCGACAAAAUCUAUCGACUGUAAUAAUCUUCCACCAUUAUUUCUAUUUAUUAUUUACUUAGCACUAAAUAAAUUAUUAUCUAAUUUUUAUCCACAGGCUCUUUGUACAGUGGAAUGAAGAAACUCUAGAUUUAGCUUUCAAUGCUGUUGCGCAACGCCAUAUUUAAUAAUUGUGUCAAGGCGUAAGGGCCUAAUCAAGGAGAGGUAGGGUGGGGCCAUGACUCAAUUAAACAGUAAUAAGCAGUGGUACAUUGUGCAAGUAUCUAGCUUUCAUGAGUGGAGAAUUUUAUCAAAGAAUUUCAGGUUUUUAUGAAGCACUGAAGAGUUCAUAAGACAGCCUAGAAAUGAGUUUUCAAGCAUCAUCAUUUUAAAAAAUUUUCAGAAGUAUUCUGUAACCCCCAGAUCUCUACGCGCGAGGAAAUGAUACGAGGUUAAAUGGUAUCUGUAUCGGAAAAUCAUAAUAAGACUUCUUUUAUUUUAAGACUCAAAUUCUGCCAUUCUCAACUAUGGUUUGAAACUUUUGGCUAUGUCAUAAUCAGCUCUAAACUGUACUUUGUCCACAAAUACAUCACUGCAGAAUGGUUAAGUUGAUAAUUUUUAAUUGUGUAAAUAGAUUUUAAUAAAAAAUUUUAAUGUUCAAACUAAUUUAAGUUUUAAACUGCGACCAUGAAGUUACUGCUAAAUGUUGAUCAUGUUUACUAUAGAUUGUAUAAUAAUAUGUGAUAUUAUAGACGUUUUUUCUUGACGAAGGCUUUUUAGAUAGUUUACAUGAAAGUAUUGAGUGCCUUUCAUACCUAACAUUUAAAGAAAUCAUCUCCAGUGUGUGAUUGAUUAAUGACAAUACCUUAACUGUGAACAAAGUGUACGACAAUAAUUACUGUACUAAUUAUAAUUAAAAUAAAUUGUCUAUCUUUCUUUAUUAUUCCUAAAUGUAAAUAACAAUGUCUGUGCAAAUAACAUUACAAUUUAGAUUUUAGCUAUUGUAACUACAAAUUGCACAUUUAAGUUGGUGCAAAUGUUCACUAAAAAUGUAAUAAGUAUUAUGUAAAAUUUACACCCAACCAUUUAUGACAUUUCCCACUGUCUGUUAUGCUAUUAUUAAAGAACUACGAAAACAUAGUUUCUUCACAGUUUAAAGACAGGUACGGUACUAAAAUACAGACAAGAAAAAUCAUACUUGUUCAAUUUUUUGGGGAAAUAAGUAUUACCUUGUCAAAGCUGUUUUGGCUUGGAAGUAAAAUCACAUUUAUUUGGUCAGAUGUGCAUUAUCAGCUCCACCCAUAAUUUAAAGUAAUUGUAAACUUCUGAACAAAGAAAAUCUUUAACACAUGACAAGUUCUAUGGGUGUCCAUAUCACUGUUCCUUCAAAUUAAAAAUGAUUAUUUAUUAAAAUUACAAACAUUUAUAUGAAGACCAUAUUAAAUUUCUUACCUACGGCUAAACUAACUUUCAGAAUUCAUCCAUAAGAAUUUUUUAUUCCCAAGAUAUUAGAGAUUUUUUUUUUCCUCUAGUAAAACAUACAGAACUAAAGAAAAUAUGUACAAAUAAAGACAAAUUUUCAAAUUUAAAAUUAUUAAAUUUCUUUUUGACUAUGAAUAGAGUUCAAAGUAACCACUGUGAAGAAACUAUGGGCAUAGUCAAAUACAAAGUCAGAAUCUGACGUGCUCUUUGAUUCUUACAAAUCACUUUGAAUUAUUGGAAUUAAAACAUUACAAAACCCAAUGUGUUGUAUUUGUUAGGUAUAAUUUUUUUUAUGUGUAUAUAGAAAUAAUUAAUAUUUCAUUUAGUACUGAAUGAAUAAGAUUUAAACUCUUCAGCAAUCAGUGUACAUACACAUUUUCCUGCUGUCUUCUGAUUUAAGCAUUAAUACUUAUGUGAUGACUGCAGGAUUCUGUGCCUAUUGCGAGUGUGAUCUUGGCUUGUGUUGGCUGCCAAGAACCUACUGACCAGACAUCUCCAGUCCUCAUUCCGGGAAAGACGGCUCACAGCUGGCGAGGUCACGAGAGUUACGGAAGCGAUCCGUCAACUAACACCUGUCACUGCCAAACAAAGGUUCAGCGGUGACCUAACUUCAGCAGAGUGAUCACAUGAUCAGAGGCAUACCGUUUGCGCAAACGCACGAAUCAAGAGCAUGUUCCGUCGUCUUGGAAGGGCUUGCCUACUGCUAAGGGAGUGUUGCACGUUAAGGACACCUACCAUUCGUUUUUGUUAUUUAUUCACUCAGGCAUUUAAAUAAAAUUUUUCAAUAGCAAGGUCCUGAAAAUUUCUUCUGCAUGAAAACUCAAAGCUUAAAUAUUCAAAUUCCUGCCACCAAGUACAUACAGUUUUACACGUACACUUGAGUGCAUUGCACUUGAAAGUUCUCGAUAUUUUUUCAUUAAGGUAGUGAUUCUUUAGUUUUUUUUUUUUUAUGGCAGUGAUUGGCUGGAGUGGUCUCGUGGGAGUUCCUGGCGGUUGGUCACGUGGAGAGCUGGAGAAAUUAACCUUGGAGAUUCCAGACACAAGUCGGAAGGCAUUAGGAAGCCAAAGAUGACUAGGACAGUCCAUUGAAACAAGACAGUGGUCACCUGUCGCGGCUGUCCGAGAGCUCCGAAGUCCAUAAGCCAAGAUGAACACUUUCUACUGCAGCAGGGUGUCUACAAAGUAUCGCAGAUAUUAAUUUGCUCAUUAGUUUCCACCCACUUUAUUCGUGAUUGCAAAUCAACUGAGAAAAAUAUUGCAAACAACUGCCACUGACCAUACCUCUAAACUUUAAAUGUAGGUAUGUGCCAAUAAUUUUACAAGCAUGUUUUCAAAACUAAUGUACAAACAAAAUACAGUUCACACCAAGCUAUGUCUUAAGGUGAUCAAUAUACAAUUUUCAUUCUAAAAAGAGUCCUGAAGUUAGUUUUGAAAAAAAAAAAAAAGUUUGUUUUAAGUAGACACCCUGUUCAUUUAUUAUUUUCCUUAAUUUCACAAAAAAACUAUACAUUUAAAGCAGACAGUGUUAAAACCUAGUUGACACUUCCUUGUUACGUGUUGCGUUUGCUUUGAUGUAAAACACUAGUUUAUCAGAGUUAUGUUUCUCAGUGUUUUGUUGAUCAUUCUGUAGAGUCUAUGUUGAAGGUGUGUGGCAAAUUAAAGAAAAUGUCAUGUCUAGUAAUAAGUCUAAAGGUGUUACUGCUUGAAAUAUACUUUAUAAAAUUCUAAAUACUUGUGUUGCAAUUUAAUCUCUUUAAUAAUGUUAAGACAGCGACGAUUUUCUUGCUUUUGUUUUAAAGCAAAAUAAAUAAAUGCACGACAUGU